AUGUCUACCGGAGACCCUGGGUCCCCACUGCCGGCACCGCCACCACCGGUAUCCGCCGCCAGCGUCCAGCCCCCCCGCGACCCGGAUCCCGAUAAGCUCGAAGAAGACGCAAGUCACGGGCCCCGCCACCGCCGCACCCAACUAUGCUGCCGCUGCGAGUCAGAUGGCGGCUCAAACACCUGAACAACAGCAACAACAACAACAGCGUGCCAAGGCUCUGGGCAGCCUCCUACAAGCCAUGGGUGCUGUACCCGGAAACCGUAUGGAUCGCUGGGUCCAGGCCAUCUACUUCGCCGAACUCUACCCCGUCGCCACCGCCACAUCGCUGAAAUUUUCGGCCUUGAACGCGAACCGGUCCGUCGAGAACAUCUUCGAUUACGCCCUUGAAGUGACUCUGUCUCACCAGAGCGCCUCGCGAGCGACUCAUGCCGACAAGAUCGAUCUCGUGGCCUGCGUCACGAGGCUGCUAUCGCCCAUCUCUCCUAUCUGCUUUGAGCCUGGAGUUCCUCUGCCGGACCAUCUUGCGGCUUAUCAACCACAGAUCUUAGGCGUACAACAUUCAUCAAUCCUGCGUAAUGGGGCGGCUCACCAUCGCGUUACGGUUGGGUUCGUCACCGGCGAGGCACGUGACGCGGCGCUCACGACGCCCCCCGCUCUCACUUGGCGAUCGGCGAAGGCCCGCUUCGCGAAGUCUCACAGGUUCCACCAUAACAUGGUCGAGCUUCGAAUCAACGUCGGUGUUCAAGGAGUGCCCUCCAUGGAUGCCAUCAUCAAAUCGUUCCAAUCACUUGUGCAAGACCUGUCAGCCAAGGGACAUUCAUGCCAACUUGUGCAGGUUCUGCGCGUUAUCAGCGUGGACAACGCCUCGGCCUUCGCCCACGUUGCCGGAGACUACUCGGCUUUCCUACACUUCGAUGACGACUCCCUAUUCCAACGCCCCAACACGACCUUGAAGGAGAUUCUACCUUCGAGGAUCGACCUUCCCACUCGAGGCAUCCCGGUUACCGCCCUUCGCCAUGACUAUGAGAAGGAGGCGGCUUGCGGUAGGUGCCACUUUGUGGGUCACGUGGGAACCUGCGGACUGGAUCAGGAGAGGAAGCGGAAGGAGGCUCACAACGGCAUCAUCAACAGCAACAAAAACACCAUCACCCACAACACCAACAUCGCGGAGGCCGAGGCCCCCAUUCCUGUGCUGGUUGUUAACAGGAUCGCAUCACAGAAUCACUUCGCCGGGCUCGAGGUCGAGGAGGGACAGGAGGAAGAGGUAACUGGCCAGGGCGAACAGGGACCGGAGGAAUCGGGGGAGGAAGACGCUGGUGAUAAGGCGGAUGACGAGGACUCGGAGGACUCGGAGAUGGAAUCGGAGGCGGCCGCGAAAACGGAGGUCAUCAAAAUUGAAAGCGAGGACGAGUCGGUCUUGGAGGACUGCAGCGGAUCCGAUGGAGAGGUGAUUGAUGAGAAUGAGGUGAUGGCGGAUGAAAGAGGUGAAACGGAAGGAGAGGUGGCUACGGAGAUGGAGGAAGAGGAGGUGGCGACGGAGGUGGGCGAUGUGGACGAAGCGAGGGGAUCGACGAAAGCGGAGAAUGCGGAAGCGACGGACUUAGGGGAAACGAACAGGCUGGACAAUGACGACGACAGCGACGCCACAGCAACCGCCGCCACCGCUUCCCGCGAAUCGACGCCGCAUGAACCAACCCCACCUCUGUCACCCGAAACUCUCGCCAAGUCGCUACGCGAGGGGGAGGAGUGGGACAGGAUCAGAGCUAACUGGGUUGAGCAGGCACGACUUGAGCGGGACCAAAGCAUCGAGAGGAGGCUCAACGCUGAAACCCCUCUGGUGCGUCACAACUUUGCCACGUGGGACGAGGACGGUGAGAUACGCUCCAUCAACAUCAGGGGGACCGCUGCGAAGUUCAAGAAGCAGGUGAUGAAGAGGUCGCAGACUGCGGCGGACCUCAGUGACCCAAGUGACGAACCGACCGACGCCAAGCGAGUCAUCAUCAAAGGGAAGAGCCGCGUCGUGGUGAAGGAUGGAAUAGAGGGGCGGAGGGUGACGAGGUCGAUGUCGGCGGCAGCGGCGAUGCAGGUCGAGGUGACGAAGGUGGACAGAGGGAAAGGAAGAGGGGUAGCUGAGGAAAAACGAUGGUCCGACCACGAGCCCGAGGACGAUGUCCUGCCCGCCCUUCCCCUCUUUGAGGACGUCACCACCGCCAAGAGCGCCUCGACCUCGACUACCCAUUAAUGAUCAAGCACACCAUCAUCACCUGGAACGUAAGAAGGGGCAUGGGGGUCCCGGAAAAACGACGUAAUAUCUACACCUACCUUUCCACAUUCAAAGCUUCCGCGAUUCUCUUACAAGAGCAUUUCAUCAGACCACAAUUCUGGCAGCUCAUCAAGGACGAGUACGAGGGCAAGCUCUUCAUCAACCAGCACUGCCUGACCCUGAUCCCGGCCGACUCGCCCCUGAUCGACGCCGAGCUCUUGCGCACCCACUCGGCACUCGACGGCCGGCUCCUCGUCACCUCCUUUCGUCUGCGGGGCGACAUCAAAAUUCUAGAAAUCAAUAACCUCUACGCGCCCGUUGACCCAAAACAACGAGCAAAAUUCUUCGACAAACUGAUCCUCCACAAAACACAGAAAUCCCACCUCCGACUCCUUGGCGGCGAUCUCAACGACUGCCCGCGCCCAGAAGUCGAUCGGCGGAACCAAAGUCGGCGCGGCCACCACUGGCCGAUUCUGAUGGGCAAGCUCGACUCGGCCUACACGGACUGCAUCCGCUACAAGCACCCCAUCACCCCAUCUUUCACUCGACCUAAUCCCAAUCGCAAGCGACCCAACUCCUUCUCCCGGCUUGACUACUUUCUCCUACAAAGAGCUCACCAAAAAAGGCUCGACCAGGCCUCGACGAUCUACGACUAUCCCAAGGAUCUUUCCGAUCACCGACCGGUCUUGAUCGUACUGGCUCUCUCAGACGAUCUUGAUGCGGCUCUCCCACAGCUCAGCCUACCUACCACAUCCAACCAACUACAUCGAAUCAAUACCACAACCUUCAAGACGGUGGAAUUUCAGCGGAUGAUGAAAGGAUGGUUGGAAGGGGCAAGCGGGGAGGAUCCGGUGCGAGAGCUUGAGGAGGUUCUGGAGGCGUGCAGGGACAGGGGUGGGGAGAUGGCGAGGAGGCUGCAUCGGGAGCGGACGGAACGGAUGGAGUAUUUGGUGGGGAGGGUGCAGGAUCUGGAGGCGUUACCGGUAUGGGGGGAGGCGGAAACGGCAGAAUGGACAAGGACGUCCGAGGAACUCAAGCGGGCGGUCGAGGAGCGCGCGCGCCUACUCCGGAUCCGAGCCCACGUCCCCGAGAUCGCUUCCGAGGAACGACUGUCGCGGCCGGUCCACGCCAAGCUCGCGGCGCGGAACUCGGACUCCAAGAUCACAGCACUGCGCUUGGGCAACGGAGAGCUAACGCAUGACAUUGAUGUCGCUCUUGACCACACGCAGGCGCAUUUCCAGCGCCUCUACCACAUCGAGCCUCGUGAUCCGGAACGCGUCGACCGACUUCGGGACGAACUCCUCGUGCCGAUCAGGGCGGCACGGACUUGCGACGACCCGCGCUCAGAUCCGCUCUUUCUGCGCCGACUCUCGGAAGCGCAGAUUGAUCUCCUCCAGCAACCCAUCACCGAGGACGAGGUCGUGGCCGCGAUCGGGACGACGCACCCGGGGCGAUCGCCGGGCCCGUCGGGCGUGCCUUACGAACUCUAUCAGACCGCACCGGAGGCGUGGUCCAAGGUGCUGACCAAGGCCUACAACGCGAUGAUCGAGCGCGGUUCACUCUCUCCCAAGCAGGGCCAGGGACUCGUGCGCCUCAUCUUCAAGCGCCACAAGAAGAAUGCCGAUCGCGCCGAACUCUCGUCGUAUCGCCCCAUCACCCUGCGCGAGUGCGAUUACAAGAUUUUUACCAAGGUCUACGUCGCCCGAUUGAACCAAAUUCUGCCCGAUCUCCUCCCGCCGCAGCAGCACGGCUUCGUCAAGGACCGCCGAUCGGCCGACGCUGCACUACACCUUCGUCUCCUGAUCGAGGAACUUGGCGCGCGCAGGACCGAGUUCCCCGCGGCCGCGCUCUUGUCUCUUGACCAAUCAUCCGCCUACGACCUCGUCGAGCAUGACUGGAUCUUUGCCAUUUUCGACGCUCUGGGCGUUCCUACCACCUUUCUUCGCGUGCUGAGGAUGCUCUACUCGGGUGACUCGACCUCGGCGCGCUACAUCAUCAAUGGGUUCCUGACGGCGCCGGUGCGACUGACGUGUGGGCUCGGCCAAGGGGACCCGGCGUCAUCGUCGGUCUGGGACAUCGUGUUUCAGCCGUUCCUGGAUGCUCUACACCGUCGAAACAUCGCGCUGAAUCUCUCCAUACCUGCACUUCAUCCGUACCCACAGAGCCGCGCCAUUACAUCACUUGCAUUUGCCGAUGACGUUGUCGUCGCCGUCGCGGGCUUGGAGUCACUCAACUUGCUCGAUGACCUGGCGCUCGACUGGAGGCAUGCAACGAAUGGCCGGCUCAACACGGACAAGACGGUCGUCCUACCGAUUGGACGUCGCUGGGACCCUGGGGAACGGCCAAUCGUCGUCAAGGCCGCAGGCGAGUCGCUCGAGUGGAUCGGCCUCCCCUUCGACCCCAGCGGCGACACCGAACUCGCCUACGCGAAUCUCAUCGAACGGCUCGAGGCGACGCUGGAAGCGGUUCAGCAUCGCUGGCUCACGCACCACACCCGUGCCUUUUACGUCAAUCGGUACGCCAUUCCCAAGAUCCUGCAUUUCCUUGCAGCCGACAUCCCGCCGCCCGAAGUCGUCAAGAAGCUCGAUGACAUGCUCGUCGAUUUCGUCCGUGGGGGCAAGGGCAGGACCAGCUACGGCAGAGACAUUGUGUUCACCGCCAAGAACAAGGGGGGACUCGGGGUGAUAAGGAUGCGGGACGUUGUGGACGCGGUUGCGGCACGGCUCUGGGACGUUCUUCUCGGCGGUUCCGGCGCGAUUUGGCAAGGACUUGCGCGCGCAGCACUCCAGCGAGCUCAGCCCGACCUCGACCUGGCCACCGAUCUCUGGCCACAUCCAUCCACUCCCAUCCCCAACGACCUUCAUCCCCGAUGGCACGCCGCACUGGGCGUUCCGAAACUUCACGACGUGCAGGUCAACCCGAGGGCCUUGACCACCGCGAACCUGCUCGCGCUGCCCACCCUGCUCGGCAGCCUCCACACCCCCAUCAGAGGGAGACAGACCAUCGACGCGGUUCAUGUACCUGACUACCUUCGUCUCCAGGGCUACCCGAAGGUGGCGGAUCUCUAUCGGCGCGAGUUGUAUGCGGGUGGGGGGUUUCACCUCUGGACGCCGCCGGCGGAUGUGCUCGGCGACAACAGCGAGUACGAUCGACGCGGGCUCCCGCAGCGACUGGCAAUCGCGGCCUGGUACCGGUUCACUGUCGAUCGACACAAGAACACCCCCUUGGCGGCGGCGGUGGCGGCGGGACGACUCAACGUGCCUCCCCGGAUCGGCACCAGCGCACCACUCGAGGCGAUCAUCCCCAAGCCCGUGGCCCGCUUCGCAAUGGAGCAGCGCCUUCCGGACCCGGUGCUUCCACAACAGGCGAGCCAGUAUACGCUGCUGAACAUGGCUCGCCCCUACACAGUCCGUCGCAUCCGCCGGGUCCUGAACGCGAAGGCAUUUACCAACAUGCUCGGGCUCAAGGGACCACCGCAGCCGGACGACCUCAGGAGCUUCUGGAAGGCAGUCAACUCGAAGGCACUGACAGCGAGGGAGAGGGAAGUUUGGUUCAAGCUGAUCCUCCGCUUCACCCCGACGCGCAAGCUCCAGCACGAGCAAAAGCAUGUCACUUCUCCCGCGUGCCUCGUGUGCGAAGCGCCGGUGGACGACACCGAUCACUACUUCUUCGGCUGCGUCGACUCGCGGAACGUCUGGACCGCGGCAAGGGGCGUGCUCUGCGACGCGCUCGGAUGCGACACGAUCGAGGACGCCGAGUACACGACACUACAACGACUCUUUGGCCUCCCCAAGCUCAAGGCCAAGCUCAGCGAACAGGAAGGCGCAGGCAGGACGAUCGAGAUCUUCACGGGGAUGGUCUUGGAGAUGAUCAGCAGUGGGAGAUGGAGGAUGCAGAAGCACGGGACGAGGAUGGAAAGCCUGGAGCGGAGGAGGGUGGUACUGGAGGAGAGGAUGAAGUUGAGGGCGGGGGGAGCAAGGGCGGGCGAGGGCAGUAGAGGCUGGGUUCGAUUUCCCCCCACCCCAUCCCACACUCACACACCCCACAUCACACAUCCUCUUACAAAAACUGUAUACUAA